AUGGCAGCUGUUUCAAGAAGUUUGGAAGGUCUAGGGUCAAGCUUAGAUAGCUCUAUUGCCAAGGGAAUUCGAAAGCCACUUUGGUUAGAAUCUCUCUACACUCAGAAAUUCUUUGAGGCCUGCCCAAUUCAUGAGAAUGCAAAAAAGAAUGAAAAAAAUAUAUGUUGUUUGGAUUGUUGCAUUAGCAUAUGUCCACAUUGUUAUCAUAUUCAUAAGUUCCAUAGACUUCUUCAAGUUCGACGUUAUGUAUACCAUGAUGUUGUACGGCUGGAAGAUCUAGAAAGACUUAUUGACUGUUCAAAUGUUCAAGCAUAUACUAUCAAUAGUGCAAAAGUGGUGUUCAUCAAGAAGAGACCUCAAAAUAGACAAUUUAAGGGCUCGGUAAGCUAUUGCACUUCUUGUGAUAGAAGCCUUCAAGAACCCUUUAUCCAUUGCUCUUUAGGGUGUAAGGUGGAUUUUGUGCUCAAGCACUAUAGAGACCUCACACCAUUUUUAAGGGUAUGCACUUCAUUACAACUUGGUCCCGAUUUCUUCAUCCCAAAUAAUGAUAGUGGGGAUGAUAACAUGACAAACGAGACGCCUCACUCAACUAUCGUGGACUCGGAUGACCCGAUGAGCUCCGGUUCAGGCUCAUCUGGGUCCGAAACGAUGAGCUUGAUGUGCACCGGGUUCGUAAAGAAGAAAAGGAGCAACCUUUAUUAUUCUGAAAAGUUUAAUAGUAAGGUGAAUUCUGAAGAAGACAUGGCCACAAGCAUGAGUAAUAGAAGAAAGGGGGUUCCUCAAAGAUCACCAAUGUGUUGA